AUGAUUUUAAUGGGAAAAGAAAAUGAUGAUUAUGUUAUUGGGGAUAGAAGUCGGAUUUUUGUUAUGUUGACACACAGUGAAUGUGGAGCUUUACCACUAGGGCUUAUAAUUACAACAUCUGAAUGUGUAGAUGCCAUCAAAUCUGGCUUCAACAUAAUCAAGGAACUUGUAGGAGAACCUAUUUUUGGGGGACAUGAGGAAGGUCCAGCAGUUUUCAUGACAGACGAUCCUCAAUCUGAACAAAAAGCCAUUGGCAGUCUUUAG